AUGUUCUCAUUUAAUUACAUGAUCCCGGCCAAUUCAUCCCUUGCCAACAAUGUCAGCUUCAUUCAGCAUAUUUUCUGUGUUGCAAUUGUCGAUGGAAUUUGCUCGCUUCAUGAGCGUUUAGAGAAUUUUCCAAUGAAAAUAAAGUGGCCCAACGAUCUCUAUUAUGGACGCACGCAUAAAGUGGGUGGCCUGAUUGUGAAUGCGACAACAAUAAAUGGCCGAACGGUUUGCACACUUGGGGCUGGACUGAAUCUGUCAAACAGUAAACCGACCGUCUGCAUCAAUGAAUUAUUGCCGGCCGAGAUUGGGUUCAAAAUUAAGCAGGAGGACUACAUUGCCAACACACUCAACAAAUUCGAACAUUAUAUGGAUGUUUAUCAAAACCUUGGCCAGGAAGCAUUUCUCAACGAUUACUACCGAUUCUGGUUGCACAGGUAA